GAGCCAGCAAGGCCGUCGCUGUCGCAGAUGCUGGCCGAGUUGCGGCGGGAGCUUCAAGCACCCCAGGCCGAAGCGGCUAAGGUCGAGCCCGAACCUACAAGGUUGCUGACGCAGCAGCAAGCCGACAUACAGUCCACCGAUGCGUUACUAUGCCUGGAACGACUACGCAUUGAGCUUCAGCAAGCCAGGUCCUUCUUGAUUGUUGCUCAGGAGGAGGCCGCGCUGGCCGCCCAAGUCACGGCGCGCAGACGCCGGCGCCCUCGCCAGGCUCUCGCAACUAUCGCAGAAGAGGUCGAAUCAGAUGGCAACCUGCGAUAG